ACUGAAGUGUAGUUUUGCAAUGUAAAUCUAAAGUCCCCGCGGCUCUUCUCACUAUGCCACAUAUGACAUAUUUGAAAUAAAAGGAAAAUACAUGCAGUAAAAUAGUUCAAUGGACCAAAUGGUCGUAGUUGUAUGAAAAAGAACAAUGUGCAUAUAUAUAAGAUAUAACAGAAUGUAUACCAUUGCAUACUGUACAGAAUAAAUACUGUCCCUGUGUGUUACCCGGUUAUGCGUCAUGGUCUGGGAGAUUCAUUUCCUUUUGGAGGAAAAACAACGACUUGUAUCUCUAAAGGGCAAAUGCCGGCACCCAGUGUGAAUGUGUAAUAUGGACUUGCCAUGCCUGUGAUGUUAAUACCGUUCCUGUUUAUUCAUGCACGGCAGCGGGCGACUGGAUUACUAUGCAAGGGGAGUUUUAAAAGUGAAAUGUGCGCGUGUAAGAGGACUGCUUUCGAGCCGGUGCUGGAUUCCUAAUGCAGAGGUCUGCUGGUGAUUUAGAAGGCCGUGUAACCUGAAUUAGUUGAUGAAUUUUCUAUCGAUCCUAAACAAACCAGAUUUAUCUCUGACAUCGUGCUGCUGCUGCUGGGUGGCGGCGCGGGGCCACUCUCACACUCCCCAUUAUUAGGGAUUUAAAAGAAGAAGAAAAAAGAGAAAGCUUUGGCGAGCACACACACCAAAUAUAUACACAGAGGGUGGUGCAGGCGCCACUUUAAUUCCCCCCGAGCACUUUCCUCGCUGCUUCUUUUUUUUCUUUUUGAAAUUGCAGCCAGACGCAUAACAGGGGAAGGUUUGCUUAAGGGAGGACUUGUCUGUUGCUCGUGGGUGUCCUUGCGUGCGCGGAUUUUGUCAGACGCGCUUUGCUUUUGUUGUGAUUCUGGUUAGGACGGCGUGCGUUCCGAUUUGUGGCGGAGGGAUACACAGAGAGAGAGAGAGGGCCCGGAGAGGGAGAGUUUUGUAAAGACUGCGAAUGCCCAUAAACUGAGGCCAUAUGAUGAUGCGCGUGCGGGGGCCCGUGUAUAUGCUUAAUCCCAUUUCCUUAUCCGGGGUCCGUCCCGGGGGCGCGCCAUUGGCCGAGCGCCGUCACGUGGCUUCUUAACUUUGUUCACUUGACAGAAAAGUAGGAGGGUUCAACGGAACAGGAAUAACCGAAGAGUAAAGGGAUGAGAUAUAAAUUGUAGUUAUAUAUUUUCCGAGUAGGUGCAAUUCCACAAAAAGACUGACAUUAAUGGCCAUGAGCUCCUAUUUGAUCAACUCCAACUAUGUGGACCCGAAGUUCCCACCCUGCGAGGAGUACUCUCAGAGCGACUAUCUGCCCAACCACUCUCCGGACUAUUACAGCUCCCAGAGGCAGGAGCCCGCUGCCUUCCAGCCGGACUCCCUGUACCACUCACAGCCCUCCCAGAACCACCACCAGCCGCGAGUGGAGCCGCCGUACACGCAAUGCCAUCGCCCGGGACAGCCCGCCUCGGUGGUGAUGUCUCCCCGGGGUCACGUCCUCCCCUCAACCGGACUACACGCCACUCCUGUCCCGGAGCUCAGCCACCGCUGCGACUCGGUGACACCCAGCCCACCUCCGCCCGCGUCUUCUUGCGGCCAAACGCCCAACAGCCACAGCACUUCGUCCCCUACUAGCACUCGGAAGGACCCCGUCGUGUACCCGUGGAUGAAAAAAGUCCAUGUAAACAUCGUGAACGCGAACUACUCAGGGGGGGAGCUGAAACGCUCGCGGACGGCCUACACGCGCCAGCAGGUCUUGGAGCUCGAGAAGGAGUUCCACUACAACCGGUACCUGACGCGCAGGCGCAGGGUGGAGAUCGCGCACACGCUGUGCCUCUCGGAGCGGCAGAUCAAGAUCUGGUUCCAGAACCGGAGGAUGAAAUGGAAGAAGGACCACAAGCUGCCCAACACCAAGGUCCGCUCCGGAGCCAGCAGCAAUACAAACUCCCAGGCUCUGACCGGAUCCUAGAGCCGCCCCGGGCCCCUGCAGCCCGGUUCUGUGGCCCGGUGUCAGAUUUUUUGUUCCCAAACUGAACGCCGCAGCGGCACCGGAGCCUGCACUUUUGACCGGAAUAACGCCCCUGCUCUGGAAGGGGAGAGGGAUGUCAUUGCCGCAUGAUGUUACACACUAUAAUAUGACGUUAUGAUGUGGGAGGGGUGGGGGGAGUGUUCCCAUUCACAAAACAUGAAAUGAACAAAAGUACGCGAAGGAACAAACUGAGAAAAUGACGCGGCCGCUUCUUUGCUUUUAUUCUGUCUGCCCCCACCCCCUGCUUUUUAUGUCUAUCUUCUUAUUUGUGUUAAACUCCUCUCUCUCUUCCUCUCACGAUAGGCUCAGGAUAACGUGCCCUCGUGCGUGUGGUUUAUUUUUAUUUUCUCAACCCGAGAUUUAUUUUUUCUUCUUUUUUGGUGAAGAUGGAUCCUCGUUUUCAUCUUUAAUCAUGCCAAACUUGGGCCCCAUUUGUCAUGUUUACUCUGCGGGUACAAAGCAAAGGGGUGAACCGCGGCUCUGCCCAUUACCCCCCUUGCCCCCCCCCCCCCCCCCCCCCCCCCACACAACCACUACCCCCUCACCAACGCACGCGUGAUAAAUGGAACUCACGUUUCGUCAAGAGAAGUAUUCUCACACACACACACACACACACACACACACACGCACGCACGCACACACACGCGCUUAUAGUACCUACUCUAACAUCAAAUAUUACCUCCGGUAUGAUCCAAUCUGACAGCAGGCAGUUUUCAGUCUUGCUGCUAUAAUUAUUUUUGUUUUGUUGAAUGAGAACAAUAGCUUUUCAAAUUUCUCUUCUAGUUAUUUUUGAAUUCAGUGUUGAUUGUAAAUGAUGCUGAGGACGAUAAGGAGAGUUCAUGUGGUCCGUUUAUUGUUCAUGUUGUGAUGUAAUAUACAGGGAAUUCAAGUGAAAUGAAAACAUCUUCACUACCAAUCAAACAGGGUUAUAAAGCCGCAUAAACACUAAUAUUCAAACCAAAAUCCUGGUACUAAUAAAACACAUUAUACACGCAGCACUAUAGAAUGUACCUAUUACCUCAGUUGUACUUAUAUAUUUUUUAAUGUUUUUUUUGGUCCUCUAUUUUCUAUUUCUCGUUCAAUGAAGUGACAGCUUUUCGAGCUUUUUAUAUAUUUUUUAAAUGUGUGAUUAUAAUAUUAUUACCUGCAAUACAAACUAUUCAUUUCUUGCAUGUGGAAAUGUUUAAAAUAUAAUUUAAUUGUAGCCAGGGGAAUGAGAAAAAUAAGGAGCCUUUUGUUGCAUGUCUGAAUGGAUUUCAUUUGUAUGUUUCUUGCUCUUUGUCCUCUCUCCGCACAUGUAAUGCGCGCACACUUCGUCUUCCGUGCCCUCUCCCCUUCCUCUGUCUGUCACCUUGUUUUAGAUAUUUUAUUCUGCAAGUGUUUCUCAAUUGAUGUUAUUUUAUUUACAUUCCAAAGAUCAGUUUCUAUAUGAUGAUGAUGAUGCUAACAAUGAUGCUAUUGUUGAACAUGUGUUACCUCCUCCUCAGUGUCUCUGCUUUUGCCUCCUCAGUGUCUACCUUCCUAUUAUUUGUAAAUAGUUCAUAGAAAUUUAAAUAAAUGUCUAAAAAUAUAA